AUGGUGACACUGUAUGACGCGGAAAGUUUUACGAAGUACCAGUUUCGAGUGACAGCCUUUUUGCCGGACGGACAACUAGCAAACGCCUCCACCAGCGACUGGAUCUCGACUUUGGACCGUGCAUUUGAACCAGGUCCUGUGGGUGACAUACGGGCUACAAAUGCAAGUUUGAGACCCGACGGUCUUUAUUUGCAGACUACAAUCUCAUGGGAACCAGCAUGGGCUUGGUUCAAUUUCUCAACUCCUCUUUGCCUCCAGUAUCAUCAAAAUGACCUAACAAAAUGUGUUCCUCCAAAGCCGAGCAAUGUGUCAGUACAAGAGAAAGAGCUUAACGGCUCUCAGCUUCGUGACGUCACUGUGUCCUGGGCAACGCCCGCCGUGCAGCCUUCAUUUCACAAGGUCGAGCUGUUUAGAAAAAUACCCGAGGAUUAUUCCAUUCUUGCACAAAAGAACGUCACUGGAAAUUCUACGUGGGUGGUGUUCAACGCGUUGAAUGUGGGUUUGCAAUAUGAAGUAACAGUGGAAGCUGUAUCCCCAGCUGGACCCAGCGAAAGAGCAAUUGUGAUCAGGACAAUCGACGAUUUCCACGCCAACAGUAACACUUCGAAUUCAAAAAGCCCCGCGUGGAGUGCACAGACCCUGUCUCUCACUCUGCUUCCGGUCGUGCUGUUGCCGAUAGCUGCUGGCAUAUUUGUGUAUGUUUGCCAUCGUCGCGGGAAAGUACGUCAACACGAAAAAAGAUUCCAGUACAUUGAGACGCUGGACCAGAAGUCGCCUUUACGAACAGAGGACUGCAGUUCUGUUGAAUAUGACGUCGAUUUCGAUGCAAAGUGGGAGAUCCCGAGAGAGAAUCUGCUCCUGAGUGAAGUAUUAGGAGAAGGAGCCUUUGGUAUCGUUCGGAAAGGAGUGGUUCAAGAAGGCAAUGACAGGCGAGACGUGGCAGUCAAGAUGCUUAGAGAGAAGCCGAGCGCAGAGGAAGUGAGGCAGUUCAGGCAAGAGAUCAUCAUGAUGCAGUCCGUCGGUAGACAUCCGAACAUCGUGUCUCUGAUUGGCUGCUGUACCAGCGACGACCUACUAAGACUCGUCGUGGAGUACUGUGCCCAAGGGGACCUGCUCAACUUCCUGCGCAAGAAAUGGAGUGAAAUGAUGAAGAGUACGGAGAGAAAACCUGAUGCUAUAGUGAUACAGUCUGAGACAGUGAAGUACGCUGAGCUCCUAGCACAGGAGACCACAAGUGAAGGCGAAUCUGUGAACCAAUUUCCGGGAGCGGUGGUGAAUCAGACAUACGGCAUCGAGAAUGACGAUGACAGUUCGCAACUAUGGCAGGAGCUUUCGCCGACAGAUCUGCUGUCCUUCGCGAGACAAGCUGCAAUAGGCAUGGAGUACCUGGCAAACAACCGUGUGGUGCAUAGAGACCUGGCAGCUAGAAAUGUUCUGGUAUGUGCUGACAGAAAAGUCAAGAUUUCUGAUUUUGGGCUGAGCCGAGACAUCUACGAAGAAAACGUGUACCACAAGAAAGGAUCUGGAAGAUUACCAGUCAGAUGGAUGGCUCCUGAGUCACUCUUCCGUCAAGUGUAUAACACACAAAGUGAUGUUUGGUCAUUUGGAAUACUUCUAUGGGAAAUUGUGACACUUGGAGCUAACCCAUAUCCAGGCAUCCCCACAAAUAAACUACCCGAGUAUUUGAGGGAAGGUCACCGAAUGGAGUGUCCAGAAAAUUGCAGCAACGAACUGUACAAUAUAAUGUUUGCUUGCUGGAAAGCAGAACCCUGGCAACGACCUACAUUUGUAGAACUGCAUAAAAUGCUUGACGACUUACUGGAGAACUCAUGUCCUCAGAAGUAUUUGAACCUCGACGUAAUAGAUUACAUGAGUGAAUUAACGUUCUACCAACAAGAAGAACAACAGUCCAGAAACAAUGGCAGCAGAUACCUUAUCUCAAAUAUGAAUCGCACAACUGGUCCAGACGACAACAUCCCUGCUUCACCGUUUAUUGAAGACAGAAAACAUUACCUCAGUACGUCUAUCAAAACCAAGUAUAUUAAUACUUCAUCUAAUGUGGAUGAAGAAAAAGACUGAGAAAAGACUAAAAUUUAUUGUGGAAGAAUUUUAUAUGUGAAACAUAAUUUUCAGGUCUACUUGUAAGAAUGAGGUGGUGCUUUGAAAUCUACCAUAAAAAUUGUAUUCAAUGAUAUGGGAAUUCUAAGGUAAUAUUGUCCACUGUCUGAAGUAUACUUGAUAUACAAGAUACUUCUGAGUUAACUCUACUCCUGUCUUCAGGUGACUGGUUGUCAUUAUAAUGACAGACUUUAUGACUUUUUAAAGUAUUCUAAAUGACAGCAAUUGGGAUCAAACCUGGUAUCCUUCAAAUAAUAGAUUAGUAUGCUAAUAACUAAACCACUAAGCAUCUUGUUCUCAUAUGGUGCAUAGUGACAAAAGUGUACUACAAGAAUGGAUUUAGUCACAUUCCAAUUGCAAGAAUGGAUUUGGUUGCAUUUCAAUUGCAGACAAUGACCGACUACCAGUUCUUGUACCUCUACAUUGUAUUAAUUGGUUGAUUUGUAAAGAGUUUGAGAACCGUUCCCUUUGAAGGUUUUUUAAUAAUAUAUUCUAUUAAUAUUCUGUUUUUCCAUAGCUCAAUGUUAAAUUUUUGAUGUUUCAAAUGUCUGUACAAAUCGUGACAUAAUGUGUUGUUAUAUUAACGUAUUGGCCUAUAUUUUGUUUCAGUAACAAAGAGAUUAUAAACUUGAAAACAGCAAAAUGUCUCCUGUCUUCUACAAAAGUAUAGGUAAAAACAUGAUUUCUUUUGCUUUCACAUAAUUUAAGCUCAUUCCUCUUUAGUUUUUUAUGGAGCAAGAUCACUAAACUUAUUUCUUCACUUCUGUAUACAUCAAGAGAGUCAAAACUGGUGAUUUUCCACUUGUUUUGGCCACUGGGUUAAAGUCAGUGUAAUUUAACUAAACCCUUUUGUGUAAAUUCAAAAAUGAAAGCAUUAAAAUUAGUACCACAGAUUCAAGAAAAUAAAAUAUCAAACUGCCUUGUUUUUAAAUGACUACAAAUUUGGAGAAAAAGAAUUUAAAUAUCCCUAGCUGUUAUAAAGGAAACUAUUACUUAGAAAACUUCUCGAAUGUAAAAAAAAUUAUCAUAUCAGGAAAUAAACUGGAAGAUUAGUGAACCUUA